CGGUGUUGUCCUUACAGCAAAUCAACUCAUUCAGAUCAUUACUAAAAGCCACUCGCGCGAGAUGGCACGGGCGUUCACAGCAUUGCUUUUGGGCACUGCCCUAAUUAGCGUUACAUCAGGAGUCACCAAGAAGAGCUGCGAGGAAUUCGGUCGAGGAGUCAGCUUUACCUCGACGCAAGCUAUCGGUACUUGGCACCUUGUACGACUGGAGCAGAGCAAGGACCCUGGGGACGCCCAGUGUGUGCAGUUCUCUACUGUUGGUGAACAGGAGCGCAAAGACCUGGCCAGCCGUAUCGGGAAAGUAGUGGACGUGCAAUGGGAGAAACUGGCGCUAAAGAUGCAGAUCCCGUGUCCGAGUGGUCAGAAUAACAAGACAAGGGAUUACUACCUGGAGUGCCUUGACGUGCCCGGCUCGUACAGGACGCUGCAGAUGCCGAUGCCAAGUGCUAAAUUAGAAACUGCUGACUUCGGACGCCACCCGAUGCGUCUGAAGAUGGUGCUCGAUAAAUACCUAGCCAUGAUGGACUGUUACCACAACUUCGUGUUCGUCAUGGGCAAGCAACCCCAUAUCGAACGCGUAGAGCCAGAACUCAAGAAGCUCCUAGAAGACAACGCCGCUAAUGACUAUUAAUAAAUCGGUUUUAUUUUCCAUUUUUAAAUGAAACCAGAAUCAAGAUUUUUCAAUGUACACGUAACUGUUUCUAAAAAUAAUACUUUAUCGAUUGUUAAAGUUUUAAAUACUGAUGAAUAACGUGGGUAAUAUUUAAUAAAGAUUUUUGUAUUUAAUAAUUCAUAUCA